CAAACAGUGCGCCGGUGAAGUGGUGAAAGCAUCUUAGUUCAAUAACUUUAGUGAUAAACAAGGAUUACUAGCAAAAAAAAUGCGGUGGUUCACAAUAAGUUUUAUAUUGCUGCCAUUUAUAUUAGCCAAUGCUACAGCGGAGUGGUCAUGGGGAGACAAAUCAAAAGAUCAAGUUGAAACUGCAAGGGAACAAAAAUCGACUGAAUUAUUAGAGGGAGAAGAAAAUCAACCCCAAGCAGAAGACAAGAACUACGAAUCAAACAGUACUGUGCUUGAUGACAUUGUGGAUGAACUGGUCAGCAACAAGCAAGGCAGGAGUUUAGGAGGUUUCGACGUCUACAGCGAUCCCUCAAUUAAGGAAGCCUUGGACGGCGGCGACGAUCCUGAAGCCAGAAACCUAAUCAAGGAACGCCUUUGCACAUUAGGACUCAUUGAAUGCGAAGAAGAUACACAGGAAAAGCGCACUUAUCUAUCACCGGAUGAAGUUAUUUAUGCACAACCCGUUGAUAUUAAACCGGUUGGAAAACCCAUCGCUUCAAUCCCAGUACGUGGACCACCUAGAGCUUAUGGACCUCCCAAGCCCAUGCCAUACCCUUCACGGCCACAGAAAACCCCACCUAAGAGAAUCGGCUAUGGUGGCAAUUACAGACCAGGUUUCUCUGAAAAGUAUGGCAGCAACUUCCAGUUCCAACAAGGCAGUAAUUCAUAUAAUGGAUAUGAUUCAAACUAUGUGACCAAACCUCCCUCGUAUGCUAAUGAGUCUCCAUAUACUUUUGACAACUCUAAACCAAGCUACAACAAAGGCCCGCUUUCACAAUCAUCCACAAAAACUGAAACAGUUGUCCAACAACACGUUCAUCAUCACUACGUACAUGGAGAAGGAGAUAAGGAACCAAAAGUUAUAAUCAAGCCUGUUGCUAUUCCGGUAGGAUCCGUUGGUCAUUUAGGGUCAGGGCUAGGAUCUAGUGGAAGCUAUGCGUCCCAAUCACUUGGCCAACAAUCGACUGAUAUUAUAACUGCAGGUGGUGGCGAUUUCAGUGGUAUUAGCUCUGGUAGUUUCAGUACAGGUGGAUUUAAACCAAUGACUGGUGGCUAUAUAGAAAAUAAACCAGUUUACGAAACUGACACUAUUUAUGGAUCACAAUAUGGACAUGAAGGCUUUAACAAAGGUUCCAGUAACAUCCACCAGCAAUCAUUACCAAAACCUUAUCCAAGCAACGCAUUUGAGGAUCAGAAAUAUGGUAAUUCAUUGGGUGGUUAUGCUGCACAAAACUCUGAAUUUUACAAAAAAGAACUUAAUGUUGGAUCCGCAAAUAACUUAUACAAUCAAGGACCCCAUACGUUUGGUCAAAAUAAUUUAUACCAAGAAAAUUAUCAUGAUGCCAAGGCGCAACGGUUUGAUUGCGUUUGUGUCAAUUACGAUCAAUGUCCCAGCCAGGAAAUAAUUGGCCGCAGAGAUGAUCUGUAUUUACCUAUUGAUCCCCGUAACAAAGGCAGCGACAUUACAGCACUUACUGAUGAGCAACUAGAUAAUUUGACAAAAUCAAAUUCCACAGAAGUAAAAUCUGAUGCUAAAAAUAAUACAGAAACGGAAACCAAGAAAAUAAGCAAGCGUGAAGCUAAGGAUGAGAACGUUGCUGAAGCCACAAAAGAAAUUGAACCGCGCCUCAUUGGAUUGGCCGGCUACGGCGGCAAUGGCGGCAAUAGCAACAAACAAGUGCAGCCUACGUUUGGUGUGUCUUUUGGGUUGCCCCAGCCAUCCCACAAUGGCUAUCCAAUAAAUCCCUUCAAUUCUAAUCCCCUCUACAACCCUUACGGACCUGCUCUUAACAGCGGUGGUCUGAAUUUAGGAUUGAUUUCCGUUAAUCCCCUCCUAUCAGUUCAAGUUACAAAAAAUGAUUAUGGAGAUAAAGUAAUUAAACCAUUCGUUAAUUUGCACGUAACGCCAAAUGAACAUGUUGUGAACAAAAUAGGUCACUUGUUCCAUAAGAAAAAGCUAUAUUUAUUAAAUAAACAUGAACACUACCAUCAUUACAAACCUCACUACUAUCACCAUCACACACCGAUAGCACCCCCUCAUGUAGCACCGCCGCCACAUUAUCCUAUACACCAUGGGCCACCGAUUUAUUCGCCGCAUUAUUCGCAUUAUGGACCUCCGGGUCAACCUUUUAAAGUUGCUCAUGCACCUGUCCACAAUGAUGACUAUUAUGACGACGAUGAUCAAGUCGGCCAUUAUGACGACAAUGUAGAUUACAAUAGUUAUGCAGGUUCCUAUCAUGGCCCUGGCUUUGAAAGGUCAGCAAACAUCACAGCAACUGAUAGGCAGGCUAAUUACGCAAAUCGAUAUAGUUAUUCCCGAUCCUUAACCCUUCCUCAAAAUGAUCCUGGGGCAAACCGGGGAGGCAAAGCCAUACGAUUCCCAGAAAAAAGAAAGAAGAGAGACAUUAGUGUAGAAAAAUCUAUAGAAAUUACUCAAGAGCGGCAAGGUUACUUUGGCCAACCUUCUGUCCAGCAAUGUAGGCCCAACCAGGUCUGCUGUCGCAGACCUUUGAGACCACAGGCCGGGAACCGUGGACAAUGUGGUAUAAGGCACUCUCAGGGUAUCAAUGGAAGAAUCAAGACUCCAUCAUACGUCGAUGGCGAGAGCGAAUUCGGAGAAUAUCCCUGGCAAGCAGCUAUUCUUAAGAAGGAUCCUAAAGAAUCAGUUUAUGUUUGUGGGGGAACGCUAAUUGAUGGUCUCCAUAUCAUGACGGCUGCCCACUGUAUCAAAUCAUACAAAGGAAUUGAAUUGAGAGUUCGUCUUGGAGAGUGGGAUGUAAAUAGAGAUGUCGAGUUUUACCCAUACAUCGAGAGAGACGUAAUAUCUGUACAUGUCCACCCGCUUUACUACGCUGGAACUUUAGAUAAUGACCUAGCCAUAUUAAAGUUAGAUCAUCCUGUUGAAUGGACUAAAUAUCCGCAUAUCAGCCCAGCUUGCCUGCCUGACAAAUACACCGAUUAUGCUGGACAAAGAUGUUGGACUACCGGUUGGGGCAAGGACGCGUUCGGCGACUACGGCAAAUAUCAAAACACGCUGAAAGAAGUCGACGUCCCGAUUCUAUCUCACGGUCAAUGUCAACAGCAAUUAAGGCAGACGAGAUUGGGUUAUAAUUAUGAGCUGAAUCAGGGUUUCCUUUGCGCUGGUGGUGAGGAAGGGAAGGACGCGUGCAAGGGAGACGGUGGCGGUCCCUUGGUGUGCGAGAGAGGUGGCACCUGGCAGUUAGUUGGUGUGGUGUCGUGGGGAAUCGGUUGUGGGCAGGUUGGAGUACCCGGCGUCUACGUGAAGGUGGCUCACUAUCUAGACUGGAUCUCGCAAAUCACUGGAAAGUUUGCUCCUUACUAA